AUGGAGCCCGUGGCCUCUGCCCUGGGCAUCGACACCCAUUUUCAUGCCUUGCCUCCAGCAUACAUCGAUGCGCUCUCUGUAGCUGGUGGAGAUCCUUCUGGCUAUCCAACCCCUGAAUGGACUCUGGAGGCUGCCCUCGAGUCUAUGGCCUUAGUGGGAACUUCGCUAGGUAUUCUAUCUGUUUCAUCGCCUGGUGUCUCAAUUGCUGGGACAGGCGAAAGCGCAAGGGAGCUCGCGCGCACUCUCAAUGACAAUCUUGCCGAGUACGCCUCUUCCCCUUCAUUUAAGGGAAAGAUUGGCUUCUUCGGAGCUCUUCCAGACUUUCAGGAUGUCAGUGGUACCGUAGCCGAGAUCGAAUAUCUCUACGGCGAGCAAAAGUUAUGCAAUGGAGUCACUGUUUUUACAAGCUACGGAGGGAAGCUGCUCGGGGACCCUCAGUUUGCACCAAUCUGGGCGGCACUUCAGAAACACAAGGCACUCGUGUUUCUGCAUCCUUCAGUCUUGAGUGUCGAGCCUCACUUGAUCGGAUUCGGCCUCCCACAGCCAAUUGUGGACUACCCCCUUGCCACAACUCGUGCUGCCACCGAUUUGGUUAUGACGGGAACUCUUCGAGCGAACCCAGAUAUUGAUGUCAUCCUUUCUCACGCCGGUGGUGCCGUGCCUUUUGUGGGCAGCCGCGCGAUCAAUGCAUUGGGCAUUGCCAGUGUCGCCCAAACGGCCAAUGUCACUUUGUUUCAGGCUAAGGAGGACUUUGGGCGCUUCUACUUCGAUAUCGCUCUGAGCACGAGCUCUGCCCAACUAGAUGGUUUGCUGGACUUUGCUGACUCGGAUCAUAUCUUGUUUGGAUCCGAUUUCCCAUACGCACCUCAGUAUGGCAUUGAGGCAGUUUUGGUGGAAUACAAGAAGUAUGUUGCCACGAACUCCAGGGGAGCUCAAGUGGCUCCGGAUGUUUUGCGACGAAAUGCGGUGCAACUUCUGAAUAAACAUAGCCAGGGUCAAAAUUAUGUUUAA